CAAAGAGCACUGCGAGUGGCGCUUGCGGCCAGACUCGCUUGCGCGCUUCGUGUCGGAAGGUUCGCCCCGUUGCCCGUUGCGGUCUUCAUGACGACACGGAGGCCGCUGCUGUAGACGACGCACGCUGCCACACUCGGAUUACCUGCCUUCACCGCGCUCAAAGUUAACAAGAUGCCGCGUUCGUUUCUCAUCAAGAAGCACGUCAACGCGGGAGCUACGGCCUUGUCGCGGCCUGUAGCCGUUGUCAAGAGGCCCUGGCUCGAUGACAGCUCGCACGAAGCCGAGGAUCUCAGCACGUCGCCCCCACCAGUAGUGCGGGUUCCUGUGGCCCUGUCACCGGCGCUCUCCGACGGCUGCGUGCCAGAUAUCGCAAGGCCAUUCGACCUCAGCCUAAAGGCGAAAAGAUCAAGCGUGAGGUCCGAGUACCCCUCCAUUCACCGGCCCGUGGCCAUCACACCGCCGCCAGGCGUGGCCCUAAUUGCUCCCAAGGGUGACCGAACCCUGGACUGGCCGCACCAGCCUGCGUACCUGGCGCACGGCUACAUGCCGCUCACGCUCUACCCCAUGCCAGCCGCGAGCGACUACUACGCGCCCCUGGUUCCUCCUCCUCUAGUGGCUGGCCACCCGAUGACCCCGCGCGAGCUCGCCAAGCAGAGCCCGCCCCAGCGAGACGCCGUGGUUCCCUCGUGGUCGUCCGGCGUCUCCUCUUCCUCUUCGGACGAAAAGGAGUCGCGUGGCUCCCCAGUGCCCCCUGAGCGACCCCGGAGGCGACCCGAGAACGCGCCACGCUACCCUUGCACCGGCUGCAACCGCAGCUACUCCACCUACAGCGGCCUGUCAAAGCACCGGCAGUUCCACUGCUCCGCCACCACGAGUAAGUCCUUCUCGUGCAAAUAUUGCGAGAAGGACUACUCAUCCCUGGGCGCGCUCAAGAUGCACAUCCGCACGCACACGCUUCCCUGCAAGUGCAAGCUGUGCGGCAAAGCCUUCUCCCGACCCUGGCUUCUUCAGGGCCACAUCCGGACGCACACCGGGGAGAAGCCGUUCGCCUGUCCGCACUGCAGCCGAGCCUUCGCCGACCGCUCAAACCUCCGCGCCCAUUUGCAGACGCAUUCGGACAUUAAGAAGUACAGCUGCAAGUCAUGCAGUCGUACCUUCUCGCGCAUGUCCCUGUUGCUCAAGCACGAAGACGGUGGCUGCCCCGCCGCAGCGCUCAACCGCAGUCAGCCUAAGCCCUAGGUGCGCUCCGUGGGGGCAUUAUUUAUAACAUGUACAGACUCUAGUCGCGUCCUGUUCGCAGGCCUUGGACAGUAGAAACGGCCCGGCAAGUUCCAUGCCGCUCGUCGUCUCGUAUUUAUUUGAAGACAUUCUUUCCUUAACUACGAGUCUCGUUUCCUCGUUCUCUUGCUUAGGGCAAGAGCAACUGCCAUCCAUUGCCAAAGAUUGUUUCCAUCAGAACAGCUCGUCAGCUAGUUCGCAUCGUCCGGAGUAAUUAGGCAAGCUCGUUCGCUGACAAUAAAGCUUAAGGCGCGUCCAGUAACGUCGAGGAAUCCUCUUGAAAGUUUUCAUUGGGCGUUCGGGUUUGGUAAAUAAAUAGCGAUCAGGAAAAGUUCUGCAUGCACGAGUUUUCCGAAAAAAGGUGCAUUACUCUUUGUUCGUCCCUUUAGUCAAGCUCAAAUCUGCCAGCGCUGUAACUUAAUUAUGUUUGUUUCAGUUAAAUUCGCAAAGCCUUUCGUGCACAGAAACGGCUUGUCACUCCCCGGCUAAAAUGUUUGCCGUCAUGAUCCGCCGUCACCUGUUCUAAGACAGCACGGCGUACUAACUGCUUUGUGAAUACGGACCCAAGCGGCCGAAUUCACGAAGCUUUUAGUUCGCAAAAACUGUUUAUCAUUCGCUGGCCGCCUACGCUGAUAUGCUCCUUUCCCAAUUUGGCGGCGGCCACUCUUUAGGACAAAUCUAGAGAACGAAUCCCUUUGUGGAUACAGACCAAGGUGUUUCCGGACGAGGCCUUGAGCGCUGCGGGCUAGCUGCACGGGCAUUGUUUGCGUCUCAAAGUGCCAUGUUUUUGUUUUUUUCUUUCUUGUACCUGGUUUGGAACGAGCGUAGGAGGGGUACAUUCAGGCAUUUCCUGUCUCUAGGUGCAUAAGAGCUUCUGUUCUCUGUUUGUGCCUCGCAUGUAUCAGAUUGAGAAUGCAGCAGCUUUAGCACCGAUUUGCCAUCUUUUCGUGUUUUCUCAGUGAAAGUAAGAGCUCACUUCAAACUGUACAUACAAUAUGCUCACCCAUAUUUUGUCAUCCGGUAAGGACUAGUCAUGAAUUUCGUUUUGUAAUUUUGGAACGUAAACAAGACACGAUAUCCUUCCUCCCGUAAGGGAACCAGCCUUAUCAUUAUCAUAUGCCUGUGGCGGAGCACUGUUGCCAUUUCCAUUGUACCGUGCACCGUCACCACAGUUGCCAUUACAAGUUAUGACUGUUGACACAGCACCCACAGUGACUUCCAUGUGUAUGUGUUUGUUACACAGAUUUGUUGAUUGCUCUUGAGGAAAAAAAAAUAAUGUCAUGUUCAUAUUGCCAUACAGCUUAAAAAAAAAGCAAUAAACUACUUUUUAACUUUACAA